AUGCUCAGGCAACCAAAGGGAAAUGGAGGACGCCGCAGCAAGUCAAAGAAACACCUAUCUCCCCCCAUGUCUACUGAACAGCGCUCGACGAACACCUCAGCGGACUCGGGGACAUCAGCGUCGGUAUCGGUCUCCAAUUCAGCUCGAGUAUCCCCCAUGAACAGUCCCACAUCCCCGCCCAAGGUCCUCGAAGAAGAGUUAGCCGCCUACGAGCCAGCGCCAUCUCCCCCACAGUCUUCGCCUGCGCCUCAAUUCGACCCCUCAUUGCCAGUUUUACCAUCCGAAGAACCGCCCUUCAUUGACUUCCAAGAAGCUGGGACCGUAGAACCUGAGGUGGACUUGAUUGGUUUCAAUGAUAACACGUUUCGGGACGACAUUCUCGAGCCGCCUCCAAUAUCAGAGGCCCUCUCGUCUAACAGCGGCGAUGCAAUGUUGGCCCCAUAUGAACCAUCCAGCGAACCAGCCCCCGCCCCCAAGAAGAAAAGCAAGAAGCCCAAGCGGGGACUGGUGUCGCUUUCGGAGCAACCUCUCAUUCCAGCAACGCAGCAGCCGGGUGCGGAAGUUUAUCCGACGUCGUCCCAACCGGUGGAGGAGGUGCGGCCUACAGAGCCACCAGCAUCGUUGAAGUUAUGGGAUGCUCCUGUGAUAGAUAGACGAGAGGACAGCUUACCUCGACAUCAACCGCCGGCCGACUCUUACUUCGAAGGUUCGAAGCAGCGGACUAUACGCGUAUCAAAUGCUCCUAGCUACAAAGCGGCGCCGUCUCCGGCCGUAGUAUCAAACACCACGUUCGCCGAUACCACGAUCGUCUCGUCCUAUGGAUACCGCAGAGAAGAUGAACAAGAUGACCAGGAAAGUCGGCAUCAGGCUUGGGGGCGGGGUUACGACGAUAUGAAUCAUCCCCGACGCGAGCGCGACGUUGCUGCCCUCCAAGGCCAUUCUAGAAGCACCAGUCUCGGCGGUUAUGCCGCAAACGCCUACGCCGGCGAAGGCGUUAGCCCAACGUUAACAUCACCCAUUGGGGCACGGAGCAGGAGGGGCGCUGGGUUCGCAGGUGCCGGAGAGAUGGUCAUGGGCGCAGGAGCUAAGGUCAGCGGCAUUCUCGCUGGGAUGGGGGGCAUCAGUGCGUCCAAGAGUGUGGGCGGCGCAUCGGAUGCGGCUGGCUCUAUUGGCGGUAUCGGUUCCGGGCAUGCGAGAAGCAGAGAUUUUGACGAGGUCUUGUGGGCUAAGUGGGAUACGGUCAGACCUGGAAAGCAACUCCUACUUUUACUUGGAUACGCUCGCGGGAUGCAGAUAUGGGACUGCACGGACCUUAGCACUGUCAGAGAGGUGUUUAAUACUACGAGCAACGACCUAUUGAGCGGCGAGGAUGGGAGGCGACACGAAGAGGCGUGGGGUAGAGUGACUCACGCGGCUGUGCUUCCUUCGCCCGACAAUUCCAUAGAGGAUGUCUGCGAGGGGCAGAGACCCGUCAUUGGCAUUGUCACCACGAUUCAAGACGAGCCAACAUUCAUCAUAUAUUCACUGUAUAGACAUUGCAUCGUCCGCAAAUUUGUAUUCCCCGGACUUAACCAUUUCCAAGCCAAUGAAUCAUAUAUUGUACUUAGCACGGUGAACCCUGCCACUCUUCAUAUUUUAUCGGCAACUUCGCUGGAAACUUUAUCAUCUAUUGCUUCUUCGUCUCUCGCCCCUUUCGCCCGCAAGCUAGCAACCUCACCCACCCUUCCGCCGCCCAACUUGUACAACAACACGACACCACUUCAUCCUAUUUAUGACAACGCAAACAUACCCUCCUACAAUACGUCGAAUACAAAUAUCAGUACCAACAUAAACACCAACAAGAUCGGAUCUGUAUUAUUAUCUCAAUUCACGGACGACAGGUCAGCGGAAUACGGACCUCCCCGUCCCGUUUUCGCGCUUUCGAACCGGCUUCUUGCAUUUGCAUCCCCGGCUCCCCCUCUUCAACGUGCGAUAGAUCCUGGCGUGCGUCCAUCCGGACGCGCUAGGUCCGCGUCCCGGACGUCUCCCCUCCAUCAGCCCACCAGUGUUCCUUCCGUCAACGCAACGGCCCUCUCGCAGGGUCAGACCGCCCUCAGCAAGGUGGGAGGCACGAUGCUGAGCGGGAUGCGUACGCUGGGCGGCAUGGCCUACUCCGCCGCCAAGGCAGCAGCGGAAGAACAGCUUAGAGCAGCUACUUCAAAUGAAUCUCAUGGUGGAGUGAACGAAGGAGGAGGACCCGGGCGGUUUGGUGGUACCGUGGGGAGCUUCGCAAGCAAGUUCUUUUCAAGAUCCGCUCCCGCUGCCAGUGGAACGGGCGACGGUGCGGCGAGGGGUCGGCGAUAUUCGACGGCCUCUUCCUCGUCGGCGGCUAGUGAAGGAACGGAUUCGUCGAAGGAUGUUGCACCCGUGACAAAGGGCGGCAUUACAGAGAAAGGCUACUAUGUCACCGUAGUCGACCUCAAGCCGCUGUUAUCCAUGCCUCGACGUUCCCCUUCCUCUCGCCCAUCCUCGCCUCGCCGCGAUUCACCUCCCAUCAUCUCUGAAUUCCUCGCGUCUAGGCAUCAGCCUAUCGCAGACCUUCGCUUUUCCAGCGAUGCCACCUCCAUCUUGGUCUCUCCCAAAGACGGCCAGACUCUGCAGGUCUUCAAACUACGACCAAAGAGCAUGGUUAUUCGUCGUUUGUCGGGGAAGAUUGGGCGCUCUGUCACGAUAUCUCCCGAAACCCCCACCGACGCCCCCACCAGCCCCACUCAACGUCGACACUUGGCGUCUUUGCAGAUGACAACCGCCUCUCACGGAAGCAGCAGAUCCCCUUCAACUACUGGGUCACGCGGGGAACUGGCAGUUGUGCAAGAUCCGCCCCUCCAGGUUUACAAUCUCAGGCGCGGAAGGACGACUGCUAUCGUAGAGGAGAUGGAGUGGGCGGACGACGAGCGUUGGAUCGCUAUUGGUACGAGGAAACGGACAAUACACCUCUUCGCUAUCAACCCGUAUGGCGGUCCUCCUGAAAUAAUGAGCCAUUUGUCAGGAGCUGUCAGAAACACAGUCGAACUGCAACCUUUGUCUAUUGACGUGCACCCCAUCGUCAGGCUAAGGGCGCAGAAACAACUAGCGGUGGAUCAACAUCAGGCGCCCAUCGUAUUCACUUUCUUCAAGCCUUCGACACUAACACUCCCGAGCCAUCUUUUGCCAGCACCCGUAUCCUCUCCACGUCAGUCGCACGUUGGCUCUCUGGGUUCUACCCCCGAAUCCGACUACAGUUCCCUUCGACAAACCGACCGCCCACGGAACUAUCAAGACAUACUCGUUUUCGAUCCGGCGGAUGGGAUGUUAUCUCUCCGCCGUGUCACCAUUGAGACAAAAUCACUCGAUGAGGGCAUUAGUCUCCGUGGGCUCCCUGCCUCAGUUCCUAUUCUAGGUUCUACAAGUAUUUCGUUGCCGAAGAUUGGACCAGCUGGGCGGCUCAGCUCUUCGCCUGGUGGUGCUAUCAAUACUAUCUCUAAUCUACAGCCUACUAGAUCUCCGGCGAGUCCUGGUAACGAUGCUUCCGUGGAGCUUGUAGGCAAGGAGCGAACAGCCGCUACAUGGAAUCUGCGCAGGGAUUUUGAUAGGCCUCCCGCUCGCAAGUCCCUCGCCGUUCGUAGUGAUUCUGCUUCGCACCAGGCCCGUGUCCGUGUCUCCAAAAACGACUGGCUCGCUCAAGCAGAGUUAUCCAUACACUCUCUGUCUACUAAGAUAAUUCCACGCUCCAUCUAUCUCUCCCAUCAGUUUACCUUCCAGAGUCUCGGCGAAGAUUAUCAUGCGUUGAUACGACGAUAUCGUUUCGACGUCGGUGGUGCUAAGAUUGAGGUUAGAAGGGAGGUCGAAGCCAUCGCGUUUGCGGCCGAAACUAGCGAGUCCUUCGUAGAAGGGUUCGCUCCUCGUCGUGACGUUCGCCGGGCGUCUUCGUCUUUCGACGAACCUUUGGCGUCCGCCCUAGGCGCAGGCAUAGAAUCUGGUCGUGCUCCUCCAGUGCUUCCCAUGUUACCCAACGGUGCGCCUCGUUCAGGGCCAAGGUCCAUUCGGAACGCGAUUCCCAUACGAUCUAUCAGCGAUAAUAUGUCCGAAGGUAUUGGUCGCAUCAGAACCCAAUUCCAGCAACGAGUACGUUCACCUCGCGGUGGCGAUAUUGGAUCAGGUGCAACGCCGCUCGAAUUUGCCGAGGAAGACGAAGAAAGCCAGUCGAGGGAUAGCUUGCUGGACAAAGGCAUCAUCAUUCGUGGCGGAAAUCGACAAUCAGGGACUACUCUAUCGACGCCCUCUGUCCAUGGACAUCCUUCCGAUGAUGAUGGAGACGCCGACGAACUCUGGCGAGCAUGGGAAUCCCAAGACAAGCUAGCCAUAGAGGAGGUUGAGCGAUUCGAUGAUAUCUCUGUUGUCGGCUUAUUAGACGAGGAACAAAUCUCAAUGAACCAGAAGACGAAGCCGAGGGGCAGGAAACAAGGUCGAUAG